CCCUCGGCGGUGGACAGGGGGCGCUGCGCGUCCGGACACCCCGAGGGGGCGGGCCCGGGGCGGGGCGGGGCCGGCCGGGCUGCCAGACCUCGGUUGGGCUCGGCCACGCCGCCCUACGGCUCCGGGGAAGGGCCGGGGCGGGGCGCGGAGGCAGGAAGCGGGGCGGGGACUCGCGGCGGCGUUAGGGAGCGAGGGAGGGCGCGGCCAGCCCCCGGAGGACGGCUGAUCGGGAGAGCGGAGCCCCCGCCUGGCGCCGAGCCGAAGCCCGCCAGACCGGAGGCGGCCCCGCCACGGGUCCGGCCUCGGCCCCAACCCCGCCAGCAUGGCCGGCCGGACCGUGCGGGCCGAGACCCGGAGCCGGGCUAAGGAUGACAUCAAGAAGGUGAUGGCGACCAUCGAGAAGGUCCGGAGAUGGGAGAAGCGCUGGGUGACCGUGGGCGACACUUCCCUUCGUAUCUUCAAGUGGGUGCCGGUGGUAGACCCACAGGAGGAGGACCGAAGGCGGGCUGGUGGCAAUGCAGAGAGAGCCCGAGGCCGCGAGCGGAGGGGCAGGGGCACCAGUCCACGAGGUGGUGCGCCUCUCAUCCUGCUUGAUCUCAAUGAUGAGAACAGCAACCAAAGUUUCCAUUCGGAAGGGUCCCUGCAAAAGGGCACCGAGCCCAGUCCUGGGGGUACCCCCCAGCCCAGCCGCCCUGAAUCGCCUGCAGGUCCCCCAGAUGGGGUCCCAGAAGAGGCUCAGCCCCCACAGCUGGGACAAGAGAGAGAUCCUGGGGGUGUAACAGCAGGAGGCACCGAUGAACCCCCGAUGCUGACCAAGGAGGAGCCUGUCCCGGAACUGCUGGAAGCUGAGGAUCCCAGUGUGAGAAUAACAAGGAGAGCCCUCCAUGAAAAAGGCCUAAAGACAGAGCCCAUCAGGAGGCUGCUUCCCCGGAGAGGCCUCCGGACAAACUCCCGGCCCAGUCCCUCCAUGCCAGUGCCAGAUACCAGAGCUUCCGCUGGAGGAAACAAGGCCCUGAGGGGACCCAGGACAAGCCCCCAGGGGAAGGGAAGGUGA